AUGAGUUCCAACAGGCCUACCCGCAAGUUUUCCACGGGCGCUACGUCGCACCGCAAGAGGCAGAUGAGCCUUCUCGUCGAGAAGGAUGGUCACGUCAAUGCUCCUCUCCAGACUCUGUACCUGGGAAUCUCUGCCGUUUUCGCCGAUGACCACACCGCCGUGAUUGCGCUUGCUAUCCACGACACCGUCUAUCUCAAUGAUUUCUCCAUCAAGCACAUCUCCCUCGAUGAGGAUAUGCGCGAGGGCCAGGAUCUCAUUGCCGAUCACAUCGUCAAUGAGGUUGAGACUUAUGAGCAUGAGAACUUUGUCAAGUUCAUUGGAGCUGGUCUCCCUGUCACCCUGAAGUAUAUGAGCCCUUCUCUGUGCUCUCGCCUUUGGCUUGACCUCGAUAUUGUACCUGUUGUGCUCCGACCCGACCACGAAGCCAAGGAGAAGAACUUCUGGGACGUCAAGCGCGUCGAUGAGCAAGCAGAUUCCAUGGCACGCAAGUGUAUUCUCAACUUUGGCCCCUCUCUCGUUCCUCAUCUGCAGGUCGGCUACCGUGGCAUUGUUCAGACAGACGCUGGCUUCCGUGUUCAUCUCACCAACCUCCAAAACCACAAGGAUACUUGCUCCAGCGCCACGUGGGGUGCUAUGCAGUUCUAUGCCAACAAGCUCCGCGAGAAGAAGACCAAGAUUGCAUUCUUCAGUGCUACUCCCCAGGGUGGUGGUGUGGCUCUCAUGCGACACGCUCUUGUCCGUCUCAGCCGUCUCUUGGGUGUUGAUGUGACCUGGUAUGUUCCCAAGCCACGACCUGGUGUUUUCCGAAUCACGAAGAACCAGCACAACAUUCUCCAGGGCGUCAGUCACCCUGACCAGCGCAUUUCGGACGCUGAGAAGGCUGCUAUCACCGAUUGGAUUGAGGAUAAUGCCAAGAGAUACUGGCUAUCUGAGGGUGGACCUCUGCGUCCCCCUGAGGAUGGCGGUGCCGAUGUCAUCAUUAUCGACGAUCCUCAGAUGCCUGGCCUCGUCCCCAUGAUCAAGAGAAUCACACCUGAUCGCCCUAUUCUGUACCGAUCUCACAUUCAGAUUCGAAGCGAUCUCGUCGCCAUCGAGGGUUCUCCCCAGAAUGACAUCUGGAACUACCUCUGGAGCAACAUCAAAGAGUCGGACUUGUUCAUCAGCCACCCUAUUCCCAAGUUUGUUCCUCAUACGGUUCCCAAGGAGAAAGUCGUCUACCUCCCCGCCACUACCGACUGGAUUGAUGGCCUCAACAAACACAUGAACAAGUGGGAUACCGGCUACUAUGCUCAUAUCUAUAACCAGCAGUGCCGAAACCAGCGAAUGACUGAGCUCGAUUGGCCAAACCGCAAGUACAUUGCUCAAGUCGCUCGAUUUGACCCAGCCAAGGGUAUCCCCACCGUCAUCGACUCAUAUGCCGAGUUCCGCCGCCGUUGUGAUGAGGCCAACAUUUCUGAUGUUCCUCAGCUCGUUGUCUGCGGUAAUGGGUCCAUUGAUGACCCGGAUGGUGCCAUUAUAUUUGAUCAGACCAUGGCCCAACUUGAAGAUCAUUAUCCUCACCUCCUCGACGACGUCAGCGUCAUGCGCCUGGACGCCAACGACCAGCUUCUCAACAUGGUCAUCGCCAAUGCCCACGUUAUUCUCCAGCUGUCCACUCGUGAGGGUUUCGAAAUCAAGGUCUCUGAGGCUCUCCACGCCGGAGUUCCUGUGAUUGUCUCCAAUGAAGGUGGUAUUCCCCUUCAGGUCAAGGACAAGGUCAAUGGCUUUCUCGUCACCCCUGGCGACUACAAGACCGUUGCUGGACAUCUCAUGGACCUUUACACAGAUCAUGAGCUCCAUUCCAGGAUGUCUCGUGAGGCUAAGAACGGUGUCAGUGACGAGGUCGGCACUGUCGGAAACGCUCUUGGCUGGUUCUACUUGGCUGCCAAGUGUCAGGAGCUGGGCCGCGACCCUGGCCUCAAGGGUAAUGAGAAGUGGGUAAACGAUAUGGCUCGUGAAGAGGCUGGCUUCCCUUACGCCGAGGGCGAGAAUCGUCUGCCUCGCCACUACACGCAGCGAAAGGAAGAGGAGCCGGCCCAGGAAAACGGCGAGUAA